UUGUAUAAUAUUUUUUUCAAAAGGCUAUUUUCUUUUAUAAUAUAAUCUUUUUCUAUUGAUUAUUAUUAUCAACCAUUCACUUGUUUACAAUAAGUCCCCUAGAGCAGGUUCGUGCACGUCUACCUGCUUUUGUUUUAAGAAAAUAUAUUUGUACCUGCGCAUUUACAUUGCAUCCUUUUUACCUGCACCCUUUUCCAUAAAUUCUGCAGCAUUUCAACCGACUAAACAUUCACUUCGAAAUCUUAGAGACGAAAGCACACAAAAAUCAAAAUGUCCAGCAAUAAAAGUUUUGACAAGAGCGGCAAACCCACACUGGGGUACACACUAUUUCUGCACUUGAGUGAGUUGAAAUAUCGUAAGAAAGGCAUAUCUGUAGUUCCCUGCUUGCCAUUGAUAAAAUCGAAACUUUUAGUCACUGACACACUAAUCGCACGCACCAAAGAGCAAGAAAAUUUUACAGACUUAGAAGCUCUCCAAAAGGAACAAAUAUUCCGCCAACGCUUAAGACUCUCCAUGCUGCGUAUAUUGCGCCAAUGUCGAUCAGGUCUGUCACAUCAGAAGGAUGUCAUGGUAAAAACCACAACGGAAAAAGCGAUAAAGAGAAGCCGAGAUGAUGAAAAGGAGGAUGUCAAGCAACAGGAGCCAGAAGUAAAAACCACAGCGGCAAAGAGGCUCAGAGAGGAUGUAAAGGCGGAACUUGAUGUUAAGCUAGAGAAACCAGAAGAUACACCAAUUAAUCAGAGGAAACGGACUCAGAGAGCUUUGUUUUUUAAUUAGAAUUUAAUUUAUUUAAAUUUUUCUUAUUGCUAAUACCAUAUUAUAUGUAAAAUAUUGUAAAUAAUA